AGUGCUUUCACAAGUGCUCUCACGAGUUCUCUCACAAGUGCUCUAACGUGCCGCCAUGGUCAAGUCGCUCGUGGCCUUGGCAUUUGUCGCUCUCAAUUUGGCGAUCUGUGCCUUCCUCCAGGGCUGUGGUUCGGAGACCACCGCAGCGGCCCCCGUGGCAGCAGCUACUACCUGCGACAUGACCGCGGUGGCAAGCUGUGCGCAGACGGCGAGUACAAGCUCAACGGACCCCUGUCAGAUCUCCUCGGCCACAAUCGAAUGCUAUUCCAGCUGCUGCACAUAUGCUGAAGCGCAAACAGCCCUGGAUGCAGCUGUCUCUGCUGCAGCAGCAAUUCCGAAUUGCAAUCUUGUGAGCCCCUGUGCCUGAGCGACCAAGAGUGAGAUGCCAGUGAAAGGAGCAUGAUUUUUCCCGGAUGGUUUGCCUGCCUUCUUGCUUUGUAAUCAAUCGAUUUACACACCGUGGAUAAAUCAUUUCACCAUUCAUGAUCAUUCAUGUAUAUAUAUAUAGUUUAUUAUCCCUCUUGCUUUGUUGGCUUCGUUGAUUGCUCUUUGAUUUUUCUUUCACCGGGCGAGCACCGGGCCACCAAAAGUCAGAGCGCAUUAACAUGCAGGAACUGAACUGGUGGCGUAAUUAAUAGCCUAGCUCCCGACCCAGCACCUGAGCCAAAACGGAUUGGAUGUACAGCCGCCUUGAUUGGAUGUACUGCGAGCAGAAAGGUUGAAA